CAACAGGUGGGCCUCACGGGCAUGACGUCGAAGGGCGGGGACGUGCUGGGCUUCCUGCGCGUGGUGCGCUUCGUGCGCAUCCUGCGCAUCUUCAAGUUGACGCGCCACUUCGUGGGCCUGCGCGUGCUGGGACACACGCUGCGCGCCAGCGCCAACGAGUUCCUCCUCCUCGUCAUCUUCCUCGCGCUGGGCGUGCUCAUCUUCGCCACCAUGAUCUACUACGCCGAGCGCCUGGGUCUCGGACCCUCGUCCUCCUCGUCCGACCACCACAAUCACCAGCAUCAGCAGACCAGCUUCAAGAACAUCCCCAGGUUCUGGUGGGCCGUGGUGACGAUGACGACGCUGGGCUACGGGGACAUGUACCAGACGUGGUCGGGCAUGCGUGGGGCCUUGUGCGCGUUGGCAGGGGUGCUCACCAUCGCCAUGCCCGUGCCCGUCAUCGUCAACAACUUCAGCAUGUACUACUCGCUCGCCAUGGCCAAGCAAAAGCUGCCCAACCGGCGCAAGAAGCACGUGCCGAGGCCGCCACAUCUCGGCUCGCCCCUCUACUGCCGGCCAGAGCAGGGCCCGCACGCCAACUGCGUGCGGAGUGACCGCUGCCUGCUGGUGAAGGGUGCCAGUGGUGGUGGUGGUGGUGGCAGUGGUAGUGGCGGUGGUGGUGGUGGUGGUGGACGGAGCGUGGCUUCCGCGGGACUGGUGGUUGACCGUGCAGGUUCACGGCAGAACGGAGAGGCGAGCUCUGGUGCUGGUGGUGGAGGAGGAAGAGGCGGUGGUGGUGGUGGUGGCUACGAGAAGUCCCGCAGUCUGAACAACAUCGCGGGCCUCACUGCGAGCAGCCUGGGACUGCCCCACACGGCAAUCGCACCCUUCACUGCGGAGAUCACGAUCGCCGUCGACGACGAUGAUGAAGGUGGUGGUGAUGGUGGUGAUGGUCACCUGCGCGAUGACUCCCACGGGCAGUACAGCAAGUAG